UCCCAUUCAGUUGACACGGAUAGCUAGGGCGUGCGCUAGGUCUAACUCCUUGGAGAAACUCUCUUUUGUAAAGAAACACCAUGUACGAUUGGAAAGACAUCAAUUUUGAUCUGCUUGACAUCCACCUUAAGGUUCGCCAAGAUCUCGACGAGGACGAAGUAUGGUCAGAAUCUUUCGAAGGGUGUGGGGAGGAUAAAGGCGUCAAGGUUUGGAGAGUUGAUAACUACAAGUUAGUGCUUAUCCCAAAAGAGCUCCAUGGAAUCUUCAAUUCGGCAGAUAGCUAUUUGGUACUUAACAGCUACACGUCCAGCCCAAAGAGCGAGGAGCUCUUGCACAACCUCCAUUUCUGGGUUGGCUCAGAGUGUUCAGCCGAGGAAUACUGCACAGCAGCGUACAAAGCCGUCGAGCUCUUUGUCAAGUUGGAAGGCAAACCUGUGCAGUACCGUGAAGCCGAGGGCUACGAAACAGAGGAAUUCAGAAAAUGCUUCCAGAGCAUUGGCUAUGGAGAGAAGCCUCGCCUUUGGGAGUUCACUAGACUUCAGAAAGACAUUGCGCAAAUGCAGAGAGAUCCUAAGUGGUUUAACUUGCACAUGCGCAGUGUGUUUGUGCUGGAACACAAGGAUGGUAUUGUACAGUGGAAUGCUGCCGAGACGAAUAAUUUUGAAAGACAUCGGGCCCAGGUUUUCGUUAGCAAUCUUAAGAUCGUCGAGCCAAAACUUCAUUCGGAAAGUAUAGAGGAAACAGAUGAGGUGCUUACUAAUGGAAAGUUUCUGGACGCGCUUGGACCAUUACCAGAAGACUUUGAGAUCCCUGACAACAAACGGACGGAAAACUUCAAUACAAAAAAGUCAGUUCCCAACAGCCCAGACUAUGUCAAGACACUCUUCAGACUCACUGAUGCAGACCCCGAGACGCAGAGUGCGACGGAAAGCGAGCAAGCCGAAGAGAAACCAAAAGAAUCAGAGCAGCCGGACAAACCAGAGGAAGAAGUGCAGAAAGAGGAAGACAAAGACGGAGAGGUAGAAAAGAGCGAGGAGAAGCCAAAAGAGGCUAAAGCAGAGACCGAGGAAUCGGGAAAAAUAGAAGAGGUUGAAACAACGACUGAGCAAGAUAAACAACCAGAAGAGGUUGUGAAGAAUAGCGAGGAAGAAGGAAAUCAUGAAGACCAGGAACCGUUGCUGUCUUUUGAAGACACACAUGAAGACCCAGAGACGAAACCGGUUGAAGGCGAGGAGCCGGCUUUAGACCAAAAAGUAGCAGAAGAACCAUCUGCCGAGAUCGAGCAGGAGAAGAAGGACGACGAAGAAGAUAAUGCAAUGGAAGAGGCUAUCCUCGGAGAUGUUGACGGGGGGCAAAAUGAGAAGAGUGCACCCGGAGAGAGCAAAGAGGAGAAUGCCGAGCAGCCAGCAGCAACGCAGGAAGACGAUGAAGAUGACGAUGACACCCCAGCCAAGGCGCCUGUAGUCCGAGUGGAGGUGGUUGCUAAGGGUGGGGACAUCAAUGGAUCGCUUCUCGACUCUGAUGACGUGUUUAUGCUGGAUGAUAUCAACACGUGCUAUGUGUGGCUGGGUAGCGGGUCCACGCGCCGUGAACGCAAGAAAGGAUUCGAAUCAGCACACGAAUACCUGAAAGACAAGCCACACUUCAUGGCACCAGUUGUCAUCGUCAACGAAGGCCACGAGACUACGGCUUUCAAGAUAGCAGUUGGGAUGGCUUAGAUUUUGACAGCCAGGAAUAUCUUAAAUCUUUACUGCACAUGGAACUCUAAAAUAUUGUUCUCAAUUUCAUCAAAUCUUAUAUACUCCGUAUGUAAGCCAAAAAGAGAAAAAGCACACCUGCAAGCACUGGUAGCAUGCCCUACUAACAAGGCAGAGAAACAAGAUUAAUCUUUGACAUUGUAUUCUAAAUUUGGAAUAAAAGCACUUUUAUUCGC